ACCUGGGGGCCUUCUCGGCCGAGGGGGCAGGGCGGGGCCUGGCGUUGCCUGGUAACCGGGGCCUCUGUCCGGUCAACAGUGGCUGCUGGCCUGGCCUGGUGGCGGGGACCCUGGCGCCCCAGAGGCAGACAUGCAGAGCCCCAGGCGGGAGCGGGCCUACGUCCCCUCGGGGACCCUGGAGGUGGACUUCCCGGAACCCCUCGACAGCAAUGAGUACCUGUCCCUGGAGGGUCCCCGCUGGGCACCGGCCAUCAAGCAGGCCACGCGCUGGAAAUACACGCCCACAGGCAGAGAUGCCGCCGGCCAGCUCUGGUUCACCGGCCUAACCAACUCGGAUCCGAGAGAAGCCUGGUACUCCACCCCACGGCCCCCCAGCAGCCCCUGCCGCCAGGCCCACGCCCACUGGCGCGGCUGCCAUGCUCACAGGGAACACGGCUUACCCUCCGCGUACUCUCAGCGGCUCCGGGACUCAGCCUGGUAUGAUCCCGUGGUCCCUGCUCAGUACCUGAACCCCAAGGCACGCUGGGGGACCAUGCUGUGGAAAGACCGGCCCGUCCGGGGCAAGGAGUAUGUGCUGGACCGUAGCCGCUGCGGCGUGAGCCCCUCGUGGCGGACCUCGGACUACGUGCCCGGGCUGUCGGCCCCGCAGCGCCCGCGCUUCACCACCCAGGACCUGCGGCGCUGGGGGCUCGAGCCACGCUGCCCCUCCACCCGCCAGCGCCCGUCAACACGCUUCGCGGCCCCCCGCUGAUAAACACCUGCUGCCACCUC